UUUCUACUCUUCUUCCUCCGCUCGUCCUGUUUUCAUCCAUCUGUUGUUUUUUUCACAUUGCCGUGAAAACUACUCUUAACUUGGUUGUAGACAUCGUCUUGUCUCUGGCAUCACCCGUCCAUCUCGCUUACCGGGUCGAAUGAGCGCACUUCCGCUCUUCCGACCGCAAGCGACAAAAGUGACGAACGCCGCUCUUAUUAUUUCAGAGAAGCAUAUCUAAUUAAAAAUAACACAAUGUCUACACCGCUGGCUCCCGCGGGAACGCCGGCUCCCUCCAUUGCUCCCCUGGCUCCCGCCCUAGCCGCCAAACCUUCAAUUGCACCUGCCUCGCCUGCUCCAGCUACUCCCGGAUCCAUCACGUCGAAGGAAUGGGUCAUCCCUCCGCGGCCCAAGCCCGGCCGGAAGCCUGCCACCGAUACCCCGCCCACCAAGCGAAAGGCUCAGAACCGUGCGGCCCAGCGAGCAUUCCGCGAGCGACGUGCAGCUCGAGUGAACGAACUGGAAGACCAAAUGAAGCAAAUCGAAGAUGAGCACGAUAUGCACGUGGAUGCAUUUAAGGAACAGAUCUCGAACUUGUCUCACGAGGUGGAACAAUGCCGGAAUGAGAUGGCUUGGUGGCGGGACCGCUGCCACGCGCUGGAGAAGGAGGUUUCUGUGGAGAAGAGUGCCAAGGAGGCGCUUGUGAAGGAGUUCCGUUCGUCAUUUGCGGAUAGAAACACGACUCAGUCGGAUGCGGUGCCUCUACCGCCUCGAGGUCAGAAGCGGAAGAAUACUGAAUCAACCCGCGUACACACGACUCAAUCUACUCGAGAGGAAGUUCCCUUGGGUUGCGGAAGCUGCUCUACUGCCCACUGUCAGUGUAUCGAAGAUGCGUUUGCUAUGCCUGGCGUGGAGACUCACGAGUCUAAUAAGCGUCGUUCCGAACCCGAAAUCAAGCCUGAGCCGGAGGAGAUGGAGGUGGAUUUUACUUCCCGCUUCGCCGCUGCUCCACCCCCGGAGGAUCAUAGCUCACCGUCUAUUGCGUCUCCCGUUGACCCCUGUGGGUUUUGCCAGGACGGCACUCCCUGCAUUUGCGCCGAGAUGGCCGCCCAGGAGGAUGAGCAUCGACAGCGAGAGAAUUUUGAGAACAACCGACUUGCGCCGAUCCAAAAUUUAUCGCAGUUCACCCCACCGCCAUCAGACGGUGAUGUCCGGUCCGAAGUGACUUUGCCUUCUAUCAGUGAGGCUACCAAUCCCUGCGCCAACGGACCGGGUACCUGUGCCCAGUGUGUGGCGGAUCCGCGUAGCACGCUCUUCUGCAAGACCCUGGCUGCAUCGCGGGCAGGUGGUAGCGCCCCUCGCGGUGGGGGUGGAUGUUGCGGUGGCAAAGGCGCAGACGGUGGAUGCUGUGGUGGUGGUGGUGGUGGUGGUGCACGCAAAAAGCCUGCCCCUGCCCCUAAGCCAACAUUGAAUCCCAGAGACUCGCCAUCUUUGACCCUUUCCUGCGCCGACGCUUUCACAACCCUCUCGCGACACCCCAAAUUCUCGCGCGCUAGCGACGAGCUCUCCUCCUGGCUGCCCAAGCUUCACAUGCUCCCGAAUCCCCGGGAUCUGGAACUGGCAGACAAAUCUAAUGCUCGGGCUGCGAUGGAAGUCGAAGCCGCGAGUGUGAUGGGCGUGCUGCGGUACUUUGACCGACGGUUCGCUGAUAAAUAAGUCUCGACAUGACUCCUUUCUUUCAUCUUUUGAUUUCCUUAUGUUUUGUGAUACCCGUUCCUGACUCUCACCGAGUUUGUACUAUUAAAUUUACUUUCAUGUGGAGGAGGGACAUGUUUGUUGUCUGUCUUAUAGACAGUCUGAAGGUGAUGGCCGUGGCUAUGGAUUGAUGGAUGCGAAUGGGAUAAUACUCGUUCCAAUGACUAGAUGACGAACGGCGUUUUGGGUUUGUUUGAUUUGAGGAGGGCAAAAGUACAAACAUAACAUUGGAUCGUUUUUACCACAUGA